GAAAAAGCAGCUUUACAACUGUUGUAAAAUUCUUCAACACUACUGGUUUAUACGUUUAGAUCUAACAGGAACUAAGAGCAAGAACCAAUCGUAUUGAAGAAUUUUACAACAGUUACAAAGCUGCUUUUUCUGCUGAACGCAGCCAAUAUAAUUGGUCUAAAUUUAGAGAUCUAACAGUAAGGAUCAAUAAUCACUGACCGCUCACCGAUCACUUGUGUUUUCUGAACGUAACCAUUCUUUACUAUGAUUGGUUUCUGCUUCGAAAACCAACGAAGCAUUAAAGGCAAGAACCAUUCAUAUUAAAGAAUCACUGAGCGCUCACUGAUUCGUCUGCUGAACGCGCCCAAUAUAUGAAAACAAAGUUGUGGGGAGGAAAGGAGGAUACCACUGAUCUUUAGAUCAGCCGGAUCAGCGGGGGAAUACCCGUUACUUAUGCACGGGCACGCACAGCCGCGCAGGUAGUGUGAGAUAUACGUUAUCUGGUUACCGUUCACCAGUUAAGUAUUCAUCGAUAACUGUCGAUAACGAUGGGACGGACCCGUCUUUGUUCACUGUAAAGAUUAGAAGUAGAAUCUCUGAAAGUAAGGCUGAAAUCUAAUCAACAACUGCCAGUAUUGAUCAGUACCUAUAAAUCAGUACUAGGCACUAGUGACGAUAACUGCAUCGGAAAUAUAUAUUUUUGAAUCCAAAUUUAUCAUAGGACAACCAAGGCUAACGAAGUCGUCUUUGUUUCACGUUCAAGGUGUUUCAACAAGUGUGAUUUUUAAGCAUUCUGCAUCGAACAGGUGCGGAAUCUUAUUUUCAAUCAUAUUUUCAACUGGUAAGCAUAUUAGGAAAUUCAUUAGAAGAAUAAUUGUAAGAAUUACAUGCUACAGUUCAUCAAGUAAAACUUCUGACACGUCAUCAUCCAAUGACCAUAUUCUACAAUAACGUAUCUAAACAUAUUGAUAAACAUAAUAAUCUUAUAAAGAUUAGAUAAACUUGAGUUGAUCUAAAUUGUCCUUGGCCUGUGAAAUUUAUCUAUUGUUUUCAAAAAAUAACGGUUUUACAUUCAAUAUGGAAACACACGCGCGUCCUCCAGCUCCUUUAAGAAAAGAUGGUGACAUGGCUAGUAACUGGCAAAACUGGAAAGAAGAGUUUCUUAUAUUUAUGAAAGUAACUAACUAUAUGGAACGAGAAUCCACCGAUAAGCGUGCGUGUCGUUUAAAAAAUCUAAUUGGAACAAUUGGUAUUGAGGCAAUACGAAAUAUAACUUUUGACAAUGAGCAAGAUAAAGAUAAUAUGGAUAUAUUGAUUGAAAAGCUCGAUAAAUACUUUAUUCCAACAAAAAAAGAAGUGGUCGAACGACAUCAGUUUUUUAGAAUAUCAAAGAAGCAAAACGAUUCUAUCGAACACCAUAUAACUUUGCUAAGAGAAAAAGCUAAAAAUUGCAAUUUUAAAGACUUGACAGAUAGUAUUAUACGAGACAAAAUCAUUCUUGACACUCAUGAUAAAAUACUACGUCAGAAAUUUUUGGAAGCAGACGAUUUAAAUUUGCCAAAGUUAAUAGCGAUUUACAAUGAUUACACUAAUACUGAAAAAAGAAAACAAUUUACGCAACUUUCUUGUUCGAAAUGUGGCACUAAGCAUCCAAUAAACCAAUGUCCUGCCCAGGGAUCAAAGUGCAAAGACUGUAAUGAAUUACAUCGUUCCACUGGGCGUUGCCCAGAUCUAAAAAAAAAUAAAAAAAGCAAUGAUAAGGCAAAGAAAAAUGUAUUUGAUGAAACACAAAAAUCUACUCCAAAGAAUAAUGACAAAUGGAAUAUUCAAGCAGAUUCUGCAAUAAAAAAGGAUUUAAUUACUUUUCCUGACGUUCCAACAAUUUGUGAUGAAAAUGCAUCUGGCGAUAAAGAUUCUACUUUUAAUUUUCCAAAAAAUAAACAUGAUUUACAAUUCUGGAAUGAUAAAACCAUGACUCAUUCAGCAAAUUUGCCUAAAAAAACAGAAGAGAGUUGUUCAUAUAAAAAGUUCCCAGUCAAGCCAGACGAAACACAUACUACACGUUUAAAAUUACAAAACGAUACCAUGCAUCAGUCAGCAAAUUUGCCUAAGAAAACAGAAGACGAUUGUUCUUAUAAAAAGUUUCCAGUCAAUUCAAACGAAACACAUAUUACAAAUUUAAAAUUACAAAACGAUACCAUGAAUCACUCAUCAAAUUUGCCUGAGAAAACAGAGGACAGUCAUUCGCACAAAAAUUUUGCGGUCAAACCAGACGAAACACAUGCGAAUUCGAAAUCGCGGACUGAUAAUACCACAAGUCACUCAACAAAUUUAUUUAAGAGCACACUUAAGCCAGAUGAGACACAUAAUACAAUUUCAAGAUCAUGGUAUGACAAUGCCAUGAAUCAUUCAACAAAUUCGUCUAAGAACACACAGAAUAGUCAUUCGUACAAGAAUUUCACAGCCAAGCCAGACGGGACACAUAACACAAGUUCAAAAUCAUGGAGUGAUAACACAACUCACUCGGCAUAUUCGCCCAACACACAGCAUGGUCGUUUGCAGUUUGCUCAGCAUACAGUCACGUCAGAUGGAUGGACAAUUUCAUCUAAAAAUGAAAAUAUUCAAAAGAAAAAAGCAGAUAAAGAUUGUGUAGUGUCUUAAAUUUUGCAUUAUAUGUAUAUUGUAUGAAUAUAUAUUAACAAUUAAAAUUCUAA